UAGCAAAUAAGCCAUUAAUUGUUUUGUUGAGAAAAUUCGACACUCAUUGACCUCCAUACAAAAAACUCCUUGCUUAGUGUGCGAAACAACCAAAAUACGCCACCUGCUGGAGGGAGACAGAUUUUCCGCUGAGCUGAGCCUCUUCCUCCUCUCUGGGAAAACCAAAGUUUUGACAGGAACUAAAUUCCAAAAUGGGGAAGGUAACUAACUGGGAUAACCGAAUCGCACAGCGUUGGACUAAGCUCAUUGUUUACAUGUCGGCCAGGGAAGGGAUUUGAUGGUAGGCCUGCAAGCGUGGUGACCAGUGCCUGUUAUACAGGCAGUAGAGUAGGCCAGGAUGCCAGAGAUGACAGAGAACCAGACUCCUGGCCAUAAACCACGAAAGAAGAAAAACAAGGAGUCUCACAAUGCAGUUGAGAGACAGCGAAAAGAGAAGAUCAAUGCUGGAAUUAACCGUAUUGGGGACCUUCUACCCUGUUCCCAGGCACUGAAGCAGAGUAAGAACAUGAUCCUGGACCAGGCCUACCGUUACAUAAGUGAGCUGCAGAAACAAAAUGACGCCAUGCUUCUUGAAGGGGGAGAAAUAGUACAAGUUGAGGAGAUCCAGCGGCUGCGGCGUCAGCUGGACGAGCUGCGGAGGGAGAGCGGCCAUUACAUUGAGCUGCUCAAAGCCCACGACAUCAACUUCCUGGACGACCCCACCGUCCACUGGAAGGGCAAGCUGCGCUGUGCAAAGGUCGCCAAAAUAACGCCCACUCACCAGCUCCCCAAAGGAAUUAUUGUCUACUCCAAUGGGAACGUGAUAUGCCCAGCAGGGAAGGAACCUAGUCCAGCCUCCGAUCUGGGGAAGCAACCAGCCAAUGCUGUGAUUGUUCAGACAUCUUGUGACAUCACAGCAGGGGUUAGGGUGAACGGGGCUCUUCAGCACGUCAGCGUCCCUUCCUCUGCCCCUCCGCUCCUCCCUGGGGCAACCCUAGCCCCUACAGUGUCUACACCUGGCAUCAGGCUGGUGGAACAGUGUGUAGCAGAGGCACCGUCAGCUCCCAAACUACCUCCCUCUGUGUCCUACAUCACCCUCCAGGGUCUCUGUCCUCUCCCCACGGUCACCACAGCCUUGCCCCAGCAGCUCCAGCCUGCCACCCCAGCCCCUAGUCUCACCGUUGCAGCCAGUCUGGCCACCCCACUCCCUCUCCAGCCUGUCCCCAGCUUUACAGCCCUUCCCCAGGUCAUAACCACCCAGAACGUUGCCAUCAGGACUCUGAGCUAUACGACUAUCACCAGCAGCCCAACCCUCCUCAGGGCCAGUGCAGCAGGGAGCACACAGACCACCUGGACUACCCUACAGCUGGCUGGGAACACAGUGCAACCUGUCUGCCAGUCUCUCCCCACCCCGGAGACUAGCACCACUGGGCAGCAGAGUAUCCAACAGAUUGUGGGCGCUAAACCAUCAGUUCAACCCAUUCAUAUUCAAAUGAGCCAACAGGUACCCAUACUGCCCCAGGCACCCAUCACUGCCCAUAUGCAAGCCCAGCCUUCCAUCCAGAGGACACCCCAGCUACGGCCAGCUAUCCUGGCCCAGCACCAGCCCCAGACAGUCAUGGCUCCCCAGCCACAGUGUGCUGUCCUCCCUCAGUCAGCCAUUAAUCCUGCUGUGGUAGCCCACUCGGCUAUGAUGUCACAACAACAACCGCAACCUGCUGUACUACAACAGGCCACAGUCCCCCCCCAUCCACAGACUGUCCUCAUGACUCAACCCCAACCAGCCAUGGUUCCCCAGCCUCAGCUCAAGGCCCAAGCCCACCCCCAGGCAGCUGUUAUGCCCCUCCUCCAGACCAUGCAGGGAUUGCAAAUGAACCCUACUGGGACAACAGUUGCUGGGGUAACGGCUCCUCAGAACACUAACAACCCAAGUGUUGUCAUCCUACAGCAGGCCAAUCCCUGCUCAGCCCAGUCAGUUGUCAGGGACGACUUAACCAAUCUGACGCCUUGUCAGCACAUCGUCAUCAUCCAGGCCUCCAAUCAGCCUCCGCCGGCACCUCCUCAGAACCCUCAGGUUGGCAUGGUGCCCGCGGUAGCACCUGUCGUGCCCAAUCAGAUUGUCGUGACCAGCUGCACAACUUCCACCACUGGGCAACAUAUCGUUGUGGGUAAACAGUUGGUCCACAUUCUACCCCGUCCCGUCCCUCAAACCCAGACACCCCAGGCCACCCCGGUUCCCCCAACCCCUCAGACCUUCACUGUGAACGGGCAGGUGUUUGCCCUGCAGCCCAUGAAGACCUCGGAAAAGUCCGGCUGUCAGGGUGGCCAGAGCAGUCUCCAGCUGAUCCAGCCUACCACCGCUGAUGAGCCCACCACCAACGUGGCUCUGCACACCCUGGGAGCCCUCGGCAGCCUCAACCAGAGCAUCUCACAGGGCAUGCCGCCGUGUAUCUCCACCCAGAGUAAUGUCCAGCUGACCCUAGCCUCACCACCCUACUCUAUAGUGCCACAGCAGCAGCCAUCUUCUGUCCCCAUUUCAGCAGGUCCACACAGUUCCCCCGUCAGGCAGAUCCAGAUCCCCAGUGUGACUCCACACAGACCAGGGAAGGCGGUGGUUACAGGGAAGGCGGUGGUUACAGGGAAGGCGGUGGUUACAGGGAAGGCGGUGGUUACAGGGAAGGCGGUGCUUACAGGGAAGGCCUCGCUGAGGCCGCCUGGCACAGCCUCAGUGCCCAGACCUAAGAGGGCCACCACCAAGCGGACCAAGUUAGUGAGGAAGAAGGAGCCCAAACAGAGACGGCCUAGUGGUACUGUUACCAUCACAGCGAAGCCAGUGGCUUUAACAGGGGACCAUCUGGAACAAGAGGUCACUGUGCCUCAGGGAAUCCCAUCCUCUGUUGCUGUGACAAUACAGCCAAAGCCUCCCCCUGUCAGCUUCCCAGCUAACACAACCACGGUUAGUAGUAGUGAGGCUUCCACACAGACCAGACCUGUUGUGAGUAGUGUCAACUCUACACAGUCAUCUCCUAAAGUUAAUACUGGGAAUACUAGUUCAUAUAGUGGACCAACUGUCUCCAGUGAAUGCACCACACAGAGUAAAACCUCUGUGACAAGUUCCACUAGUUUCACUCCGUGUACAGUUAGUAGUAGUAUUAGCUCCACACAGAGUCAACUCCUUAUCAAUAGUGUUGUGAGUCUAGCUACAGUCACCACUGUCACUUCUGCAGCAGAUAAGCCUACAGUCAGUGCUACUGUUUCUUCUCAGAGUAAACAACCUGCAGUUGCCGCUAGUGACAGCGCCACUCCCCUCAGACCUACAGUCAGUGCUACUGUUUCUUCUCAGAGUAAACAACCUGCAGUUGCUGCUAGUGACAGCGCCACUCCCCUCAGACCUACAGUCAGUUCUACUGUUUCUUCUCAGAGUAAACAACCUGCAGUUGCCGCUAGUGACAGCGCCACUCCCCUCAGACCUACAGUCAGUUCUACUGUUUCUUCUCAGAGUAAACAACCUGCAGUCGCCGCUAGUGACAGCGCCACUCCCCUCAGACCUACAGUGACACAGAACAGACAGCCUGUCACUACUACUAUCAGCACUGUGCAAACUAGAUCAGCUACCACCAAUGGCAGUUCUAGACAGAGCAGAUAUACGGUGACCAGUGUCUGUUCCACUGAGACUAGAUCUCCAUCUACGGGUGUGACGUCUUCAGCAGCAUGUCGACCCUCAGUCAGCACUGUAAGCUCAAUAGAAAGUAGACCAGUGGUUUCUCUCCAGUCUGCUCAGCUCACUUCAUCAUCACCGGGUCAGACCAAGCCAGCCAACAGCCAGGAGUCUCAGCCUACAACCCAGCCCCAGUCCCAGCCCGUGGCUUCUCCCUCGGGCCCCUCCACUCCAACCCCCUGCUCCAGUGUCCUGUCUUUCGCCUCACCCUCUGUAACAGUCCCCAUGACCAUGCCAUCAGAAUACAGGAAAUGGGUCCCCUAUAACAGACCCUCGACCCAGCUAAUGACCAUGCCCACUUCCACACCAUCCCAUCCUGCUGAGCUGAGGGUGACAGCGGUGUCAGGCAAGGAGAAGGAGCCUCAUGGAGAGGCCCACCCAAGUGCAACGGUGGAGAAAGCGAGUGUGAAGAGUGCUGCUGCUCCCUCUAGAAAGGACUCCACUCUCCCACAGCAAGUGUACACGCUAGACCACGAACCCUUGGAUCAGCCUCAGGCUCCUAACAGACAGACUGACUUGGCCAUGUCUGGUGGCGCAGGUGGUGGAAGGGGCUUCUCUGUGGCGUCUAUGCUUCCCACAGGCCACAGUGUCAGUUCCUCGCCAGGUAAUUUUGGACCAUUUACUUUUACCACCGAGCAGGCUGAUAUCCUGGCUAUGUUGGAGCAGGACAGUCCUAGGAGGAGGGUGGGGUGCUGCACUGUGGACAACUCCACCUCAACAAACACCCCAACACCUGCAUGGGAACCCAACCCCAAGUCCCAGCAAGCCUCCAACAGCAAAGAGAGGGGUGCUGGACAACAGACGAAGCUCACCAAGCAGAUGGAGACACCAGUGGCUAAACCCCCGUCACAGGUGUCUGUUAGAGGCCAGGCUGGAGAGGUAGCAGGCAGUGGAACCAGCGGAGCCAGACAUCCACAGAACAUCUCCUUCUCCCAGUCUCACCUCCAGUCCCAGAGCCAGGUCCAGUCUGGUACUGCCGGCACCCUCAGCGUCAACAACCUGAUCCGGCCCAGCUCCAGCCAGCAGCAGGCAUACCCAGGCUCCCUCAGUCUGGCUGGGCAGCAGGGCUCAGUCCUGUCCCCUGCAGGGAACUCAGCCCAUGUCUCCCAGCCCUCCACCCCUGGCCUUCCUCCCUUCUCAGGCUCAGUCCAGCUGAACGAGUACACCCCCCUGAAGAGUGCCCUGAUAAGGGCCCUGGUGGGGGUGGGUGAGCCGCAACACAUCAAGGACUUGUCCAAGCGGCCAGCCCAGGACGAUGUGAUACUGUCCAGCAGUAACAAGCGACAGAAGGCCUUCUCGUCGGCCUCCAACGUGGGCCGCAUUGAGGUCAAACCACUGGACCACAGCCAGAUGAUGGUACCCCAGCUACCCCCUAGCUCCUCAGCCGUCAUGACCAGGAUCAACCCCGAUGGAGUGUGUACCUUGUUCUCAGGCAAUGCCUUCAUGAAUACAAUGCUCCGACCCACCGAGAGCCACUGCACCCCUCAGCUGCCCCCACAGGAACACAACCAACCAGGUGUGCUCCACCUGCCCCAUGGCCACCCCCAGCAUGUUGCACCCCAGCCAGGCCAACACCUCGGGGGGAACCCCUACCUGAAGCAGCAGCAGAGGCACCACCUGACCCCGCCUGACCCUGCACAGCUCCACAGCCUCCAGCAGAGGGUGCUGCAGCAGGAGCAGCAGGUCCAGAAGGAGCGGGGGCUGGUUGGUGGAGGUCAGAGCGGCCCUCCUGUGGGCCUACAACAGAAACAACACCACCUGGAGAAGGGAGGAGUUCAACAGCAGCAGCACCAGCAUCAACAAUCACAACAAUCACAUCAACAACAACACUCACAGCAACAACAACAUCAACAGCGGCAGCAGCAACAGUCACAACAACAGCAAACACAACAACACCAACAACAAGCCCAGUCACAGCAGCAGCAACAACAACAACAACAACACCCUCAACAGCAACAGCAGCACCAGCAGCAGAGCUCCCACUCCAGACACCAGCACCUCCAGCAGCAACAGAUCCAGCAGCACUUUGGGUCGCGGCACCAGGAGAAGAGCUGUGAGGCCCAGCCAGGACCAGCAGGACCCAGAGCUCACCACAGCAGCCACCUGACCCAGCAGGAACACAUCAAGAACCACAGUACCAUGCAGAGGCUGAUGAGCUCUAGGAACCUGGAGCAGCAGCUGACUUCCCAGCCCAGCAACCCUGCCUCCCGGCCCUCCGACCUGGGCUGUGCCCCCUCGCGCCAGGAGCACCACCGGGUCUCCAGCUACUCUGCAGAGGCCCUCAUUGGGAAGAGCUCGUCUAGUGGCGAGCAGCAGCAGCGCAUGGGGCUCCAUCUCCAGGCCACCCGCGGUACUACACAGGAACAGCCAGACCUACUGAGCUACCUGGGCACAUCCAGAGUGAAGGGCAACAUCACACAUAACCCUCAGAGCCGGCUGCCCCCAGACCACCCAGGCUCUGCAGAUGUCCAGAGGUUCUCUGAGUGUCUUCCGUUUAAAACAAUCGGCGGGGCUGGAGGGGGGCAUCGCCUGGGGGGCUUUGAGGACAUGACACCUAAAUCAGGUGCCUCCUCUCAGAGAGGCGCCCAAAGCCAGCAGGGGGGUUUCAGGAUGGGCCCGGGGCCUCCAGGGGAUGGGCGACCCCUUGGGGGGUACAGUGAACCCCAUCCUGGGACGCAGGGGGUGCAGAUUGGUGCUUCAGGUCUUCCCCGGGACCAGGAGGGGUGUCAUCAGAGCUUCAUGCAGAGUCUCCUGGAGCAGACCAACCACCAGAGGGCAGUGCAGUGCUGUCCUCCGGUCAGCAUGGAGUACAGCUGUGUGCCUGGCAGCUCUGCAGGGGACAUGCAGGCUAAAGCAUCCAGCCCCAGUGUUCCUCCCACUCAGAAGGCCCCAGCUUUGAGGCUUGGGGAGGGAAACAAGGGCCACAUGCCUCAGGGUAGUGGGAACAUGGGCGUCCACCCAGGGGUACGGGCAGGUCUCCCCCACCCUCUUACCCCCCACAGCAGCUCUGAGCCAGGCCGCACCUCUGCCCCCUCCAGACCCCCCACCGCAGUCAGCCAGCGCUCCCGCCACAUCACCCAGGAAGCCCAGAGCGGGAAGCUGAGGCCUGGGGAGCGACCACGGUCAGGCAGCCUGAGACCUGGGAACCCCUUUGAGCCUGGCGUCCACCUGCUGGGUCGACCACAGUCAGGGGGUGAGGCGCGGCGCAGCAGUAUUGUCCGCUUUAUGGCAGACAGUGCCCAGGUCGCCGGGGACAACAACCUGAUGCCUGACCAACACCUGGCCCAGAACUUUGGCUUCUCCUUCAUCCCGGAGGGAGGAAUGAACCCCCCUCCUAUCAGCCAGCCCAACUCCUCCCGCCCCUCGGCCCUGCUAUCUGUAGAGCCCCAGAACACCUUACCCUCCUUCUACCCCUCCUACCCCCCUGCCGCCCACCCCAGCCUGGCCAGCGACAUCCCCAUCCAGUACUUCUCCAACCAGAUGUUCACAAGCCCCAGUGCCGACAAGAGCAGCUCUGCCCCCCUCAACAACCGCUUCGGCUCCAUCCUGUCUCCACCGCGCCCCGUAGGGUUCGCCCAGGCAACCUUUCCCCUACUCUCAGACAUGCCCCCUAUACCCAUCAGCAACUCCUCUGGCAUCACCCCACACCUGUCCAACUUCAGCCUCACCUCGCUGUUCCCUGAGAUCGCCACGGCGAUGCAGCCUGAUGGUUCUGCCAUGCCAAUGUCCCCAUUGCUGUCCCUCUCCAACACUUCCUCUGCAGACUCAGGCAAGCAGCCCAACCGCCCCGCCCACAACAUCAGCCAUAUCCUGGGGCAUGAUGGGAGUUCUGCCGUGUAGGUGAGGGGACUUGAGGUGUUGUCGUGCCAACGUGGCAGUCAGGAAUGUUCUGAUUCCAGAUAAAACAUUUAUUGAGUUGUAUUACGUGGAGUAAUGUCAUGUCAUGGCCAAUUGAAUUGACAGGAGUUCAACUCUACUGUUUGGAUUGAAGCGGGUGACUCUACUGCUGAUCUUUUCUGUUGGUUUUUAUCAUAUUAUUAUUUCUGGUUAGUGUUCUACUUUAACUGCCUGCCAGUUCUAUUGAUACCUUAACAUGGCAUCUGAUGCCCUUGUUACAAAAGUCAUAGCAUUUCACUGAUCAGCACUCCUAUGACUCUAGGAUGGGGGAAAUGAAGCUUCUAAACCAUAUGGUUUGCAAAUAGGUCUGACGUGACGACUUAUCUGCUAGUAAAAUGCUAUGAAGCGUUUUGUACUUUCAUUGACUGUAAGUUCUAAAAGAGGAUCCAUUGAAAAACAUCUGCACAAAAUUCUCAAAUGUAAAUGUACUAACUUAAUCAGGGUAUCCUGUACAGAAACUAUUUGAUUAGAGCUAUUUUGUAAAUAUGUUUAUUUUGAGAAGUGUUAGUUUAAUAUCUAUGUAUUUGUAAAUAAAUAAAGUUGAUUUAAAAAAAUGUAAUUGAUUAAAACUUU